CGUACGCACGCGUACUCAGAGCGCAUCUCCACUCAAAACACACUGCAUGUGUUGUGAUAUACUCUUAGCUGUCUGUGGUACUUAAUAUAUUUUAUAAAGUUUUUGAAAAAAUAAAUCACGAUGAUCCGAGUCGUCUGUCUACUGGUAGCAGCCGUGCUACUAGAGCUGUCGUGUGCUGCACCAGCUAAUGAUGCUGCCGGAUCUGUGAAAUCUGUUGCAAGUUCUCAAGCGUUUGAUGACGAAAAGGAUGAUCUGAAAACUGCUGCCAGUAGUGGAUAUGCAGCCGAUCGCUACUCAGACUGGGGUCGUUAUCCCAGCUCAGGUGUAACGGGCUAUGGAUCAAUAGACAGCAGAUAUAGUAACUAUGGAGGCUAUGGGGGUUACGACAACCCUUACGGGUACAAUGGAUAUGACGGAGACUACUCAAGAUACGGAGGCAGCGGUUACCCGGGAACCUCGGGUUACGGGGGAUAUAAGGGAGGAUACAGCGGCUACGGCUACGGAGGCUACGGGGGCUACGCUGGCAAUGGAGGACUCAACUCCUACUAUGGCUAUAGCAACCCUAACUAUCAGGGCGCUAAUCACUUAGGGUACGGCUAUUAUAAGAGACCUGGUUACGGCAAUAUCUACAGUAGUGGUAUUACACCCAGUUUGGUUACAGGAUAUCGGGGUUAUUCUAGAAAAUGAAGACCGUCCAAAUCUAUACCCAAGUUACACCCAAAAUAAAAUUAUUUAUUUAGUUUUACCAAAGUACAUCCAAAGCUAAUCUCUAAGAAUAUUAUAUUGCUUAAUUGUCAUUCUCAAUCAUUCCAUUAAUGAUAUCAGUAUUAACUAGAUAGAUGUAUAAUUUACUAAACUGAACAAAAAACCAUCUCCGAUUGGUUCUGAGGGCAUAAACUGCGUUAAGCGUGCCUCUCGCGUGUCCAUACAAAAACGACCCGCGCGUGCCCAUGCGCGUGCACACGCUCGUGAGCCCGUCGCGUGAUACUUC